UCCGGGGCGCCCAGGUCAGUCGCCAUCGAAUCACCGUCAAGUCAGCGUUCAGUCUGGUUUUCAGUCGAGAAGCCACAGGAACCUACCCAGAGAUACCCAAACAUCUAAUGAUGAACUUCGUGCAAGGAUCCCUGAUCGCCCUGCUCCUGGUGGGAGCACUGGUGGAGAGCCACGCAGGUCUGUUCGACUGCGAGGACAAGAUCCCCGGGCUGGGAGAUGUCAGCGACAAGAUCUCGGAGAUCACCGGAAGCAGCAGCAGCUCGGAGCACGAGGUGCGCGACUUCUUCAAGAACGUGGGCUGCCACAUCAAGGAGGGCGCCAAGAAGCUGGGCGAGAAGGCCAAGGACCUCGGCGCCGAGCUGAAGGAGGGCGCCCAGAAGCUCGGCGCGAAGGCCAAGGUCCUCGGCUCGGACCUGAAGGACCGCUUCGACGACUUCCGCGACAAGCUGGCCAAGGACUCGGCCGAGGAGAUGAGCAAGGACCGCGGCUUUCUCGCCAACGUGGAGAUCAUCAACCCAGACAUUCUCAAGGGGGAGCAGCAGUGCGGACACGGCCACAUCCUGGACGCCUUGGGCAACUGCAGCAAGUUGAGGAAGUAGGGCUCGACCCAGCGCAGUUAAUAUUUAAGUUUUUUUUUUUAUUAUUUUCCUAUUAAUUUUUAUGUGAAUAAAAACAGAAUGUGAA